AAAGUGAGUGCAAUGGAUUCGGAUACGCAGACGAAAAGAAAAGCGCCAAAACCGUUUUCAAUAGAAUCUUUGAUAGGCACAGAUAGAAAAUCGCCAGAGAUCGACAUAGAGAACAAUAUUUCGGAUGUGUCAAGAACUUCGGAUGAUGAAAGUGAACGAACUGAUUUAAAUCGGAUGCGGUAUUAUUUGAACGGGCCAUUGCUACAACAGAAUGCUGUAAAUUUUCCGUUUUUGCUUGGUUAUCCUGAGCCGUGGUUACGAAUGUUUGGAGGGCAGAUAGAGAGAGAAAAUAAAGAAGAUGAAAAGAGAGACAGUCCUGUUAGUGUUGGCAGUGAGGAAAGUGAUGGCGGAGAUGAUAAUACACAAGGCAACGACUCAGAAGCAGAUGACGACACACCACGCGAGAGCAAAGCCCGUCGACGUCGAACAGCGUUCACGUCGGAACAACUACUUGAGUUGGAGAGAGAGUUCCACGCUAAGAAGUAUCUUAGUCUCACGGAGAGAUCACAGAUCGCAUCUGCACUCAAAUUAAGUGAGGUCCAGGUAAAGAUAUGGUUCCAAAACCGUCGAGCGAAAUGGAAGCGAGUUAAAGCUGGCCUAGCCUCUGGAAGCCAAGCGAGUAAAUCUGGCACAAAGAUAGUAGUCCCCAUACCUGUGCACGUAAACCGAUUCGCUGUUAGGACACAACACCACCAAAUGGAGAAACAGAAUUUACAAUUUAGACUGGAAAGAACCCAACCUUUGCCUGGAAGUUUGCUGCAAUCUCAGACGUCUGCGUUCUUCAAUACGAAGCUACCAGAUAUAGGGUCAAGAAAUUUAUAUGACGGGAGUCCGUUACGGCAUUUUCAAAGCUAGCUAGGUUAGAGUAGAAAUAUAAUGCAUUUGCCUGUAAAGAUAUUAAAUAUUGUGUGAUAUGA